AUGUCUCGGGAGGUGGGUUCCUGCCGCGUGGGCGCAGGGUCCAGGGCGCGCUCCCGGAAGCCCAAGAAGCCGCACUACAUCCCGCGGCCCUGGGGCAAGCCCUACAACUACAAGUGCUUCCAAUGCCCCUUCACCUGCCUGGAGAAGUCGCACCUGUACAACCACAUGAAGUACAGUCUCUGUAAAGACUCCCUCUCCCUGCUGCUGGAUUCGCCCGACUGGGGCCGCCGCGCAGCCCCCUCGCCCAGGCCCCGCGCGCCCACCCCCGCCGGCCCCGCCGACCCCACAGACCCUGGGGCCCGGCCCCCCGGGCCCGACCUCGCCGGCACCGACGGCCUCUCGCGGCACCGCUGCGGUGGGGCCCCCAAGCCUGGGAUCGAGGGGUCCUCGGGGCCGCUGCCCCCUGUGGCCAGGGCUGCCCAGAAGGGGCCGGGCCCUGGCCGGCUCCUGGCAGAGUCGUGGAAGCCAGGGCUGGGGGGGACCCCAAGGAGCGUGGCCGUGGGGGCUGUGACCCCUGCGGGCCCCGAUGGCAGUGUCCCCUGCUACCCCCCACCGUCGCCAGCAGAGCUCCCAGAGGCCCAGAACCCCCACCUGUCGCUGCUGGGUGUCAACUAUGCUCUCGGCCCUGGGCUCUUCUCCUACCUGGGGCCCUCUCUGGCCACCGCUGCCCACAUGCCCUUCCUGGCCUCGGCCAACCCCCUGACGCCCCCUGCCACAGCCUUCCCCGCCCCGCAGCCCCCCGAGCGCCCCGCCCUGGCCCCUCGCCUGUACUACCCGCUGCUCCUGGAGCACACGCUGGGGCUGCCCGCAGGCAAGGCCGCCCCUGCCCCCAAGGGGCCGCCUGCGACUCUGGUCCCUGGGUUGCUGAGACUGCCCAUCCCAGGGCUGGGGGGGUCCUGGCCUCGUGGCACCUCCAGGGACCCAGGGCAUGAGGGGGAGCUGGAGUGGGCCACCCAGAGUGACCCCAAAAGGAGGCUGCUGCCGGGGAGCAGGCUGGAGUUCCUGAAGACCCCCGCCAGCCUGGCGAAGUUUGCUUCCCAGAGCAGCCUGCCGACGCUGUGGCCUGAGGACAAGGCGCCGGGGGGCCCUGAGGCCCAGCAGCCCCCGGGGCUGGUACCCGUGGGCGACGACCUGACGGGGGCCCUGGGCGACUUCGCCAGGGUGGAGCAGCGCCUGGGGCAGCUGGCGCCCGCCGGGGGCCUGGCCCCGAGACCUCUGCGGGAGCAGCUGGGCAAGAUCCGCCGGGAGCUGUUCAGCAUCCACCAGGCGCUGGAGAGGGCCGCGAGGCCGCCGGACACGCCCCUCGACCUCUCCGUGAGACGAGCGCCCCCCAAGGGGCCCGAGGCCCCUGCCGGCUCCCUGCUGGCCCCGGGGACCCCCGAGCCCCCCGAGCCCUUCCUGGGCCGCACCACCAAGUGCGAGGCCGACUCCAGCGUCCCGCCCCCAGGCCUCCCCCCCCAGGCUGCCGAGGAUGCAGUCCUCCCUGGGGGCGGCUGGGGCAGCCGAGUCGCAGCUGGGCGCCCCCAGACCUCUAAGGAUGUCUGUGGCAUGCCGAGCCCCCCGCACGCCGAGGUCUGA